AUGAGACACAACAAUGACGACAACUCCCAACAUAAUUACAACCAUGGCCACAACAUCCGGAACAACGACAGACCCAACAAUGACGACUACAACUGGAAACCCAAUACUCACACCCAUACCACCAACCAGCACAAGCACCACCCUUGUAAUGACGACAGACCCAACAAUGACGACUACAACUGGAAACCAAAUACCCACACCCAUACCACCAACCAACACAAACACAACAAUGACGACAACUCCCAACAUAAUUACAACCAUGCCCACAACAUCCGGAACAACGACAAACACAACAAUGAUGACCACUCUGAACAUGACUACAACCAUGGCCACAACAUCCGGAACAACGACAAACACAACAAUGAUGACCACUCCGAACAUGACUACAACCAUGCCCACAACAUCCGGAACAACGACAAACACAACAAUGAUGACCACUCCGAACAUGACUACAACCAUGGCCACAACAUCCGGAACAACGACAAACAUAACAAUGAUGACCACUCCGAACAUGACUACAACCAUGCCCACAACAUCCGGAACAACGACAAACACAACAAUGAUGACCACUCCGAACAUGACUACAACCAUGCCCACAACAUCCGGAACAACGACAAACACAACAAUGAUGACCACUCCGAACAUGACUACAACCAUGCCCACAACAUCCGGAACAACGACAAACACAACAAUGAUGACCACUCCCAACAUGACUACAACCAUGCCCACAACAUCUGGAACAACGACAAACACAACCAUGCCCACAACAUCCGGAACAACGACAAACAUAACAAUGAUGACCACUCCAAACAUGACUACAACCAUGGCCACAACAUCCGGAACAACGACAAACACAACCAUGGCUACAACAUCCGGAACAACGACAAACACAACAAUGACGACAACUCCCAACAUGACUACAACCAUGCCCACAACAUCUGGAACAACGACAAACACAACCAUGCCCACAACAUCUGGAACAACGACAAACACAACCAUGCCCACAACAUCCGGAACAACAACAAACAUAACAAUGAUGACCACUCCGAACAUGACUACAACCAUGCCCACAACAUCCGGAACAACGACAAACACAACCAUGGCCACAACAUCCGGAACAACGACAAACACAACCAUGGCCACGACAUCCGGAACAACGACAAACACAACAAUGACGACAACUCCCAACAUGACUACAACCAUGCCCACAACAUCUGGAACAACGACAAACACAACCAUGCCCACAACAUCUGGAACAACGACAAACACAACCAUGCCCACAACAUCCGGAACAACGACAAACAUAACAAUGAUGACCACUCCGAACAUGACUACAACCAUGCCCACAACAUCCGGAACAACGACAAACACAACCAUGGCCACAACAUCCGGAACAACGACAAACACAACCAUGACGACCACGUCAAUGAACAUGACUACAACCAUGCCCACAACAUCCGGAACAACGACAAACACAACCAUGACGACCACGUCAAUGAACAUGACCACACCCACAACCAUACCACCAACCAACACAAGCACCAGACUUGUAACGACGACAGACCCAACAAUGACGACAACUCCCAACAUAAACACAACCAUGACCACAACAUCUGGAACAAACACGAGCACAACAAUGACUCCGUCAACAACCACACCCUUGGCUACCACUUCCACGUCACCCCAAAGCACAACAACUCCAACCACUGCUCCCACCAUCUUGACAAGUAGCCUCAUGGCUCUUACAGGCCCCGUGUCCUUGGCUCAUUUCAAGAUGACCUUAAACGUGGGCAACGGCGUCAGCGACGAGACGAUAGUUGAACUCGUCGAAUCGUUUUUCAGAGAACGCAUUCCGAAUGGAAACACAUUCGGCCUCAGUGUGACCGACAUUCAGCGAAAUCCCUAGUAAAAGAAGAAGUUGGAGUUCAACCCACCCCACUAAGAAGCGGUGAGCAGCAACUCGGUUGUUAUGUGCUCGAACUUGGGGGGGGGGCAACCGUCUUGCUCAAGGACACAAGGGCAGAGAGCGGGAUGACUGUCAGAAUAAUUGUAUCUAUAUCAUCUUUGAGGACUUUCUAUCACAGAACUUUGUGUUUCAACGAGUUUCCGGCGAGCAGACAAACGCCGUCUUUGAUCUUACCAAUCAAAAGACUUGUAAAACUCCUCUGUAUAGGAUAGGAAGCGACAUUAAGGUGUCGGUUUCUUUGCUGUGUUGGUAAUCCACAGGAAGAUUUUGCCUUGACCCGGGGUCUACAAAGCCGAGAGGAAGCAGGACCUGACCCCCCUCCCAGGCACCUUUCCUUUGAACUGUUUUGUGUGUUGGAUCACCACAUAUUAUUGUUUAUACUUCCACUCUGUCGUUCUACGCUCUUAUUUCCUGUUUAGUCAGUCAUCAUGGUUGCUCAUUGGGCCCACCUGCUAAUCACGGUUUCUGCACACCUGUCACUUUUUGAUUACUUCCCUAUUUAAGCCCGUCCCUUUUCAUUAUUCUUUCUGGGACUCUAAUUUGCCCGCGGGAAACAGUGAGGACUCAUCCGUCGUACGUAUUUUCUCGCUAGCUCUUACGCUAAGCCACAGUUUUUGUUUACUCUUCCUAGCUUUCACGCUAGCGUCUUUUGUUUACCUUUUGUCUUUACACCAGUGUUUUUGUUCCGAGCCUUUUUAUUAUUUAAUAAAUCCAUUUAUAUCUUACCUUUGCUGUGUUCUGCUUCGACGAAGAGUCUUCACAUUGGGACCAAAGGCAGCGGCUGUUUAUGACCCCCACGCCUUUGGAAACAGCUGUUGCUAUGUAAUUAGGGAAAGUCCAAAUA